ACGUUGCUGGGGAGCGACCUUCCGAAACAUGAGAAACUACCAAGUUUUCUGCAGGUACCUGGCGGCUGUGAUGAAAGAAUUCGCGGAGGAGCCUGCGAAGUGCGAGGUAAAAGAUGAGAGGAGACUCACUCGACAGCCUUGCAAUCAAAGAUCGGCAGUAGGGAUGAGCUCUCCGGGCUAGGCUAAGCGAGAGCGCUAAGAUCCGCGUUCCAAGUGCGAAGUACCGUGACCUAGCUUGAACCUCAGCAGCGACGCACAGCUAUGUUCUCUUCUCAGAACAACAACGGUGUAGAAUCACAACUUUGCACAGCAGUCAACAAUGCGAUAAGGGCGCGCAACGCCGCGGAGCUCGCAUCAAUCGUCCUUCUAGAGCCACCUUUCCCACCUAUCUACCAGGAGCUUGUUCAAUUGUUGCAAAGUAACUACCCACAAAGUGCGAACAACUCUGAAAGCCGACUUGACCAGCUGGUGCGAAGAGUCGUCACAGAGACAGCUGAAUAUGAAGACGAGCAGGGCAAACCGGUCCAGGGCUGGAAUGCCAUGGUCACCUUCCUCGUGGGGUGGAUGACCUUCUUGAGAGAUAUGGAUCUGUCAAAUCUACUGCAUACCUAUCAAGGGCUCAAAGAUCUUCAAGAACAGGCAAAUAGCGCGUUGACACACCCGAUCAAAGGCGUUUUGAUCUUACCGACAAUCGUCAACUAUGCCAGGGUCUUCGCUCGAGUUGCGCUAGGCUUAGACAAGCACCCAGAACUCAUCCAGCAUCUACUUACCUCGAAUGAUGAGGGCUCUCGAGAAUCCUUGUCUGAGAAGGCAGCCAACGUUGUUCGAGUCGCAUUCACUCAAUGUUUGAAUGAUCGAGUGGGUACUCAGGACAAGAAGCUCGGUAUCUACAAGAUGGCGAACAUCUGCCUGAAGAUCCUUUUCCAGGCUGACAAGCCUGAAAGUUGCGAGACGAUUUUCCGGAAUAUCACCAAUUCGUCACCGCCACUGCAUGUGUAUCCGAAGCCGGAGCAGGUCACGUACCUUUACUACCUUGGGCGCUACCAUUUCGCCAACACAAACUUCUACGCGGCGCAGCUGGUCCUGGAUCACGCAUACGACCUUUGUUCGAAAUCACCUCAGUUCAUCAAGCAACGACGCCUCAUACUCAUCUAUCUUAUCGCUUCCAAUUUGAUCAUUGGUCGCCUCCCGACGCAACACGUCUAUACACUGCCCGAGGCUCAGGGGCUGAAGGAUAUCUUUGAUCCGAUCGCGAAAGCUAUCAAAGCCGGCAAUCUUGAGCAAUUCCGUCGAAUCACUAAUCCAGAUCUUUCAGGCAAGAAUGCAGGCUGGCUCAUGAAGUUCCGAAUCUUCUACCAGAUUGGCAACUAUUGCGAAGUCUUGGUUUGGCGAUCACUGUUCAGGGCAAUAUACAGAAAGACAGGGCAAGAAGGUGAAUCGAAUACUGGCAAAGCCGCUGUCCUCGACCUCAAUACUGUUCAGGCGACUUUUGCGUAUCUCGAGGCACGGGCGAAGAUCAAGAACCCAGAGCAUGCAUGGCAGGGUGCCAUACCUGGACACCGCAAUUUCGGUCAUCUAUUCCAGGACCACGCGUCGGUGUCGAAGUCAUCAUACGUUGAUCCUGACUUCGCUGGUGUCGAGGGUAUUGAGCCAUACAACCAUGAGGUUGACGUGGCUGAGGCCGAGUGCAUAUGCGCUACUCUCAUAACACAAGGCUUUGUGGCCGGUUACAUCGAUCAUGCAACAGGGAGGCUGGCUAUCUCAGGUGCGAGAAGGCCCGGUGGUGCGGCACAGAACGGCUUUCCGGCAGCAUUUCAGGUGAUAAAGAGCAAGAACAGCGACAACGUACUCGGGUGGAAGGAGGAUGCUGGAGGCAGUAUGCAAGGGCAAGUCAUUCGUAUGAGUGGGGCCAAAGCGGCUGGAGAAUAAGAAGACCGAUAAUAUACCCCUGUGGGAUACCACCAAGUUAACAAAUAAUGCCUCGAAGGUCCUUCCUGGGUUGUUACAAUCUAUUACCAGUCUUGUCCACCCGUUCAUAGCCACCACAAGUUGCGCCUUUCAUUAAGCUGCCACGUUCAACAUA